AUGGAGCAGCUCGGCCGGUGUCUCAACUUGUGCAAGAAUCUCUCGCAGUGUGACCUCUCGAGGGUCGGUCUCACGGAUGAGCCGUGCAGAGCAUUGUUCUCCACCCUCAAAUUCAACGGGGUGCUGACCUGCUUGAACGUGGGCGGCAACUACAUCGGCCCCACUGGCGCGACCGCGAUCGCCGAGGCGCUGCGCGGCAACGAGGUGCUGACCAAGCUCGACCUCUCCGUCAACUACAUCAGCGACGAGGGUGUCAAGGCGCUAGCAUCCGCUCUUCUCGUCAACGAGGUGCUGACCUCCUUGGAUGUGCGCGGCAACGAGAUCGGCUCCACCGGCGCCGCCGCGAUCGCCGAGGCGCUGCGCGGCAACGAGGUGCUGAAAUCCCUCGACGUGCGUUGCAACAAGAUCUCGGGAGACGCCGCGCAGCAGCUGGCGACGGCUGUGCUUGCCAGCCCAUCGCUCGAGAUCUUCGGCUUGGUGCCGCUGAAGGAGCUGCGCGCAAACACGCUCGAUAAGCUAGAUUUGAGCGGCAAGGGCCUUGGGGUGCCAGAGGCCCUUGUGCUGGCCAAGCUGGUCGAGGGCAGCGAGGUGCUGAAAAGCGUCGACCUCCGCGGCAACUCACUUGGCACGGAGGGCUGGUGCGCGAUCUUCGCGGCGCUGCGAGACAACAAGGAGAACAAGAUCGAGUCGUGGGACCUCUCACAUCAGGGCAUCAACGCGGAGGUCGCCAAGGUGCUGGCGGAGUAUGUCUCGGUCAGCGGGGUGCUGAAAAGCAUCAACCUCGAGUACAACAAUUUGGGCGACGAAGGGAAGGGAGUGAUUCGGGAUGCGGUGAGCGGGCGGGUAGGGUUCGAGCUCAAGAUGUGA